UACUACUAUACAAAGAAACCACAACCCGGCCUUCAUUAUCUAUUAGUUGUUUGUUCUCAUCUUAGCUAGUUUCUUCACAAACUAACCCACCAUUUAAUCAAGUUCUUGAAUAAUCCACCAUGUCAACCAUAGCAUAUAAUCAAGAUAAUUUGUUAUCAUGUUUAGAGUCUCAAAUCAUUGAGACAGCAACUCUGAAACUCAAACUGUCCUCUCCAAGAUGUAUAGAUUUAGGUGGUUGGGGUUUCCUUCAAAGCCUCCCCAACACUUCCAUGGAGAAGGGAAAACAACCCACAUAUGUCCACCCCUUGUCCAAACAAUUUUCAUCUUAUUCAUGUUCUAAGCUAAGCGAGACAAGCUUGAAACUAUGCACUGAGAAUCUGGGAAGCGAAACCGGCACCGACAUCGCCGAGACCGCAAUUUUCUCAUCGGAUUCUUUACCGGAGUCGUCGGCGCUACCUCCCUUGCCACGACAAGUUGCGGCGCCAAGAAACCGCAACAAGGUGAAAGGAAAACCAAAGAACUUCCCGCCUCCAUUGACAACGUUAAGUGCUCCGAAUUCCCUUCAGGUUAGGUCCCGCCGCGAAGGUGGUAGGCUGAUAAUCGUGGCCGUAGAGGCCCCACCAAAGCAUGCUUACUUCCAAGCUGAGCGUAGCCAUGGCCGCCUCAGGCUAUCUUUUUGCUCUGACUCGGCCAAAACAAACGGCGAAGUGGAUGGGACCUGUCGCGAUAUUACCAUUGAAGAUGAAGAGGAGGAGGAAAGGGACAUGGACGGUAAUAUAUUGGAAGCUGAGGUGGAAAUGGGAAUGGAGAAAUAUCAAACACUAAGGCGGUGCAUGGAAAGUGGGCAUAGAAACAAAGCAUUGUGUGAUUUAAAGCCUUUAUGCGUUGCUACAUCUUAAUAAGUUCAAUUUUUGUGUUUGAUUUAAAUUUUUUAUUUUAUUUUUUCCGACACAUUUUUAGUUGUACUGUA